GCGUCCAGGCCAGCUCCCGGCUGCGGCCUGGCUCCUCGCUGCCUCUGGCUCCUGGGCCUCGUCCUUCUGAUGGACACGUCUGCCCGGCCUGCCAACCACUCGUCUGCCCGCGACAGAGGCGGCCACAGGGAGGACAAUGAGAUCCUGCCCCCCGACCACCUGAACGGGGUGAAGCUGGAGAUGGACGGGCACCUCAACAAGGACUUUGGCCCCAGGCCCUGUCUGACCCGGCCCGUCUGCCGCAGGGUGGACGUGAACGGCGACAGGAGGAUCAGUGCCAAGGAGAUGCAGCGCUGGAUCGUGGAGAAGACGGCCGAGCACUUCCAGGAGGCCGUGGAGGAGAGCAGGGCGCACUUCCACGCGGUGGACCCCGACGGCGACGGCCGCGUGUCCUGGGAUGAGUACAAGGUGAAGUUCUUGGUGAGCAAAGGCCACGACGAGAGGGAAGUUGCUGAGAAGAUAAAGAGCCACCAGGAGCUGAAAGUCGACGAGGAGACACAGGAAGUCCUGGAGAACCUCAAGGACCGCUGGUACCAGGCGGACAACCCCCCGCCGGACCUGCUGCUGGGCGAGGAGGAGUUCCUGUCCUUCCUGCACCCUGAGCACAGCCGCGGCAUGCUCCGCUUCAUGGUCAAGGAGAUCGUGCGGGACCUGGACCAGGACGGCGACAAGCAGCUCUCGCUGUCCGAGUUCAUCUCCCUGCCCGUGGGGACCGUGGAGAACCAGCGUGGCCAGGACAUGGACGACAGCUGGGUGAGGGACAGGCGGAAGGAGUUUGAGGAGCUGAUUGAUGCCAACCACGACGGAAUCGUGACCAUGGCAGAGCUGGAGGAGUACAUGGACCCCAUGAACGAGUACAACGCCCUCAACGAGGCCAAGCAGAUGAUCGCCAUCGCGGACGAGAACCAGAACCAGCACCUGGAGCCCGAGGAGGUGCUCAAGUACAGCGAGUUCUUCACGGGCAGCAAGCUGGUGGACUACGCCCGCAGCGUGCACGAGGAGUUCUGAGCGGCCCGGCCGCCCGCCCG